UUGAAUGCUAUUGGGCCCCCAGUUAAAGAUGCCAAGAUGUGGAGGAAGGUUUUUGCUGAUCAGAAGUAUCAGGCAAAAAAAAAGCUCUCUUUCAACAAAGCUUCUAAACAGCGGACUGGUGGAGGACCUUUUACCGAAAAGGUGAUUACUGCCAGUGAGGAGAUACUAAUCGAAGCAGCUGGACUCGAGGCUUGUGUAGAGGGAAUCCAAAAUGUUCCAGCGUUUGGAAGUUCCCCAAGUGCGCGAACACCACGCAACAUCAGUGGCAGUGAAUGCAAUGAGGAGGAGGCAAACUCUUGUCACAGUUCCUUACCAGGCCCAUCAAUGUACACUCCUGUCUGCACCAAAACUCCGCGAAGCAGAACACCGGGGAAAAAGAGUGGAAGUGACGAGAAGCUGGCGUUGCUCCAAGUAAAUUUUAAAUCUAUGCAUGAAUUCCAAAGGAGUUUGGACUCGACAGACUGGUGCUAGCGCAAGAGAGAAUGCUGGCCAUAAAAGAGGAGAAACAUCGCAUCCGCGUGAGAUUGACCUUGAAAUUAAAAGACUGCAACUAGAAGCCCUACGUGACAGCUUAGGGACAU